AUGGUUUUUGUGCGCACCCCCUCCUUCUCACUGCGGUACCAGGGCAACGGGCGUAUUGAGGACGUACACCUCUUUAUGAGAUGCCUGUACGCCUUCUGGUACUUCAAGGGGCUGUGGAACACCUGUGUGGCGUCGUUUGUGGACUUCCUCAAUAGUUUGGUGGUGUUUGCCGCAGUCCUCUUCCUCACGAUGAUUUUCGACUGGUCAGUGGCAAUGACAUGUGAUGAAGUGAGUUGCGUGAAUGCCACGUUGGUGCGCGGCAUGCAUACGCCGACUGUUUUUGGAAUGGGGCACAUGAUGUUGGGUCUUGUGCUUUUGAUAUCUUCCUUCGCGGCUCUUUGCUACGAGCUUGUAAAGUUCGUGGAGACAUGCAGGCUUCAGAGUGAGUUGGAGACCAUGCUGCGUACGGUUGUGGACACCGGCUACGUCACGCCCGUGCAUCGCCUCGUGCAUGUUUGGCGUAGCAUGCGUGCGCGUGCGGAAGGACACGAGGAGGUGUGCCUUACCGGCGAGCUCACGUUUGUUGGCAACAUGAGUUGGGGUGGCUUUCUUGAUACGGUCUGUGAGCACAUACAGCAAGACCGCUCAUUCGGUAUUGUGGAGCAUCACGCGUUCGACAGUCUUCGAGCCGUGCAGGCGCUCAUGGUAUACGACAACCACAUCAUCACGCUCUAUCAGCACGGCAUUCUGGAGCGAGGCACACUGAAGUACUCCGACGAACGUCUUCUCAAAAUACUGAUUUGUGGCAUGUUCGAUGAGUUCAAUACUCUCCGAGUGGGUCGAAACCAGGUUCAGCUGGUUCGGUUGCAAGUCGUAAAAUAUUUUUGCGUCUAUGCGCUGCUGUACCCCUUUGUCGUGACGCUCUCCGUCAUGCGGGUGCUUGUCAAGAACGCCGCCAUGAUGCGUUCGGACUGGGGGAAUUACAUGUCUCGGGACUGGAACAGCCGUGCGCUCUGGACGUUCAGGCUGUACAACGAGGUGCCGCACAUUCUCAGCGCGCGUAUGUUGUUGGGGCGCCAAACGGCGGUGGAAAUGGUGCGGCGUUUACAACCGUACUCGAGUGGUGGUCGUUUUGUUCGUCGGACCGCCUCUGCCAUUGUCCUCAUAGUUGUGUCCCUGGCGUUUCUGAAUUCAGCACUGCUUGUUGCGGGAUCCAUUGGUGGCAUCUCGCUCCUCUGGUGGCUUUCUGCCGCACUAGUAGCGUUUUCUGUAUUCUCUGAAAAGGAGUCUUUUCAACGUGAGUACAACCAUCUUGCUGACCUCGAGAAGCUCGUCAAGCUGGUGCACUACAGCCAGAAGGAAUGGUUCCACUCUGGCGAUACCUUCUACAACACGCUGACGUGGGACUUCUUGAAGAGUCGAUUUUUUCUGAUCGUGUCAGAUCUCGCCCGGACCCUUUUCAUGCCCUUGAUACUGCUGGGCAUAUUGUGCGAUGGAAGCAUUCCAGAGCUCGUGGAGUGCGUCUACAACGAGUCCGUACGAGUGGACGGGCUAGGAUCUGUGGCGAGGGGUUCUGCCUUUGGUGUACAGGUUGGCGAUGGUGGCGGUGACGGUGGUAGUGACUCCGUUUCGCCCUUGUCGUACUUCAGCCAAAAGGAUGCCAACUCCAUCGCGAGUUUCUGCUCUAUCUACUCGGGGUGGUUGCUGCGGCGCCUGCUGGCGGUCGAUGAGGUCGUCAAGGCAACGGGGGAGACCGCCACCGCUCCGACUGUCCUUGACCGGUUUGUCGCUAACCUGCACAAGAAGGUGGACGUACAUAGCAGGGAGCGCCAGGGCGAGCCGUUGCAAGUCACUAGUGGCACCCUAAAUGCGGGCUGGUGUCAGUCCGAGUCGUGGGAGCAAAGCACCGCCCACGAGCGGGAGCAGCUGUUUGUCUCGCAGGUGAUGACCGCAUCCCCUACGGAAUUUGCGCGAGUCACCAGGGCGUGGGACACUGCCUCUUCAUCCCGCUUCUCACGGGAAUGUGCCUUACGAUAA